AUGAUGACGAGGUUCGAUCACGUUAUACAGUUUGUCCGAAGCAUCGAAACCAGCUUGGUGGCGGAUGGCAAGAAAUAUUUUGCUGAUCGUUUUCCCGAGCAUGGUGGCAAACAGAAAGCUGGCAGAAGAAUUGGAAAAAAACAGUCAAAGUGGAUUAAAGAAAAAUAUGGAAAUAUUGUUCCAGUGGGGUCAG